AUGCCUGGCCUACGACGACAGCGUCACCAUCCAAUAGCCCAAUCCACACCCACCACAGCGCCAGCUCCUCGACGCAUGACCUCUCUCCGAAGAAGCCGCUCCUUCUCACAGCUCUCGAGCCAGAUGCCUUACCCCACUUCCGGCAGCCCUUCGAUAUACCACUCCGCAGGCCAGAGUCCACCCCUCCGCCCGACACAUCUUCUCGACUCCCUCAUCGCCGACGAGCUAGUGCGGACAUCGACCGCCGAUGACGGGCGGCAGCAGACGCCAUUCCAUGACCGUGUCAGCGGCCGCUUCUACACCACCACCACCACCACCCACCACCGUGCGAUAAGCAGUGCAUCGACGGUGAAAGCCACGGACGGCGACGACGUCCAAGAUGCUGAGCCAUGGGACCCCGACCUGGAAAGUGGCUCGGCUGGGCCGAGCUCUGAAUCGAGCCCCAACAAGGUCGAGGUUGCGGCACGGGUGCUGAGAAUGUCGUUGUGGACGACCGUCAAGGCGAAGGCGCGGCAGGACCCGAUGGCGACGGCGGGGAUCAUGGCCGGCGUCAUCGUGCUGCCGUUUGUGAUACGUGGGGCUACGAAAUGA